UUGACAGAUUACAAAGUCUGUGACAUUGACAGCACUAAGCAGCUGGCCAAGCAGUGAAAAUAAUGGAUUAUUCGUGUAAUUUUAAAAAUAACAGUUUCUAACAUUGCCAAAGCUCUGAGCUUUAUAGAAAAUUGAAAAUUUAUCAAACAAACGAUGUCAUUCACUGUGCAAAAUUUAGAAGAAGCUGUGGCGAUAUUCUAUAGAUCUGAAGCAAAUCAGCAAGCAGAGGCUCACGAAUGGUUAAACAAGGCCCAAAACUCCCCACAGGCUUGGUCUUUUGUCUGGGAACUUCUCGACCCACAACGGAACUUUCAAGUACAGUUUUAUGGAGCCACCACUCUCCAUGCAAAGCUAAUGAAGUAUUGGCAUGAAGUGCCUGAAAGCCACUAUGAAAGUCUUAAAAAAAGACUGUUUGAAGCCAUUAUCAGCUAUGCUAUGGGCCCCAAAAUUAUUCUGAAUCGUCUUUGUAUUACUUUAUCUGCAUAUAUUAUCCAUACCAUUCCCACACAUUGGCCAAAUGCCUUUGAGGAAUUGGUGUCCAGUUUUCAACCGCACAAUUUGCCUACCAUUGAAUCAGAGAGGGUAAUAUGGAUUUUAUUGGAAAUCUUGACUGUUAUCCCAGAAGAGUUUCAAACCACGACCUUGUGUAUUGGCCGACGCAAUAAAGUGAAAAUUGAGCUGCAAAAAGUUUCCAAUGAUAUAUUAAAGGUUUUGGAAAUCUGCCUCAUGCCCAUUCCAGAUAAAGGCUUUGACAUGAUGAACCUAACGACCUAUUUAACGGCGGCUAGAUGUGCGUGCAGUUGGAUGCAUCUGGGUGGACUUAAUCUACCAGAGUGCGAAUCCAUUUGUAAUUUGCUGAUUGAUCUCACCUGUUAUGUAUAUUGGAACAAAAUUGACCCAGAAUGUUUAUCGGCAGAAGAAAUGGAAUUAUCCGAAGUUGCCCUAGAAGCGCUAACUGCUAUAGCGCAACAUCCCAAUACAGCCAAAUAUGAGCACCAUCUCACCAAGUUUGCAGCCAAUGUAAUGUACAAAUUUGAGAAGAUUUUUGAAGCUGAAAUGAGGUGCAAUGAUUUAAAUAAGGACAUUAUAUCGAAUCUGUAUGGGUUGAUUGCCGUCAUCGGUGACUCCCACACCAAAGUAUUUAUAGAUAAUUUGAAAUCAGCCAAUCAGGAGGAGCAGCAAAUUAGCUUCGAUUUAUUCAACUCUAUAUUGAAAUGUACAAAUUUGCCUGGGUUGUAUCCCGUGGAUGAAACGAGCAGCACAUUGACAUUCGCAUUUUGGUAUACCCUACAAGAGGAAAUUUUAGCUCGUGGCACGUCGGAGUGCGCCCAAUUAUUGCUAAUGGCCAAGCCGUACUACCGGGACUUGGUGUGUAUUCUCUUAAGAAAAUCCAUGUUUCCGCUAUUGGAUGAUACAAGUUGGACGUUGGACGAUAAGGAAGUUUUUCGCUGCUAUCGGCAGGACGUUUCCGACACAUACAUGUAUUGCUAUAACGCUCUGAACUUGGAAAUGUUGGACAUUUUAACGACGAAACUGAAUGAGGUUCUCAACAAAGAGAAUGGAAAUGCAUUCGGCCAAGUGAAAUGGAAUGAAAUCGAAACGUGCCUGCACGCUUUUUGCGCAAUUGCCGAGAGCAUUGAGAUGGAAAACCUAUAUUUACCAAAGUUAAUGAUGACCAUCAAAGAUAUCCCAUUUAACGAUUUGCAUGUUAAAGUUUUGAAUACUGCCUUGGAUACUGUUGGUGCAUACUCAGAAUGGCUUACUGAUCAUCCAGAUCUUCUGGGUAACGUGCUGCCCUUGGUAAUAUCAGCGUUAGGAAAUUCAGAAGUUACUAUUAAUGCAACGUUGGCUUUAAAAGACCUUACAUAUAGCUGCCAAAAGUUCUUGCUCCCGUAUGUUGAUCAUAUUUUGAUGGCCGCUCAGAUCGUAAUUCAAAAUGGAUCAUUUAAGUUAGGAGACUGUAAAAGACUUAUGUACAGUAUUGGUAGAGUGCUAAGUAUAAUGCCCGUCGACAGGGUAAUGGACUAUCUCAACGUAACUUUAGCCCCGACGUUUGAAGAUAUUCAGAAAUUAAUACUUCAACCACCGUCAUCCAGUAUGGCGACAUCGCUGGCAACGAGACUGAAGAUUUUGGCUGCAUUGUUUAAUAGUCUUUAUGUUCAAUCCGAAGACCGUUUAGAGCAGCAACCGAUUUUCCUGAUAAUGAAAAAUACCAUGUCAUAUUACAAGAAAAUCGCUGAAAUGUACUCUGAUAACUCUGAAGUCAUUCUGGAUCUAAGCACAUUGCUUAAGUACGUGGUGACAACAUUAAAAGACCAUUGCAAACCAUUAAUUAAGGAUAUACUUCAGAUUGUAGUCACAAUUUACAGAGCCAAACCACAAGCUCACAUACUAGUCGUUGCAAAAACCGUUGUUAUUUUAUUUGGAAAGGAACCUGAUUUAUGCCACCUCAGCCAACAACUGAUUCAAGAAAUCUGCAACCAGACUUUAUUGAUAUGCUUUGAAAAAAACAAUCAGAAUCAACUAUCUGAAAUAGCUGAUUUGUUAGAAGGCUUCUUCUCACUGCUAUUCAAUAUUAUUAAGAAAGUUCCCCAUUUAAUAUUCAAUAAUGAAAUGGAUACGGCUGCUUUAUUCGAAUGUGCAAUUCUAUGUUUGGUGUUACCAGAGGUUCAGACUCUAAAAGCAAUCUCAAGUUUUUUAGUACAUUUUAUUACCCAAAGUAGGGACGUGUCUCAAGUGAUUGUAGUGCAAGCGUAUGGAGAAAGCUUAGUGUUAAGGAUUCUUUUGAAUCUAGGAAGUACUGCCCCUCGAUCUUCGAUAGAUCACCUUAGUGAUAUAAUUUUAGUAUUAAAUAAAAAAUACUGUGAUAGUCUGAGUAGAUGGCUAAAUACGCUGUUGGUGCAGGAAAACUUCCCAACUCCGAGAAUAACGGCUCAACAGAAGGAGAUUUUUAUUAAAUUAGUGUUAAGGGAAAAGGCCAACAAAAGGAAGCUUUGUGAUUCAGUUCUAGAAUUUGCCCUAAUUUGCCGGGGAAUAAUGAAACCCGAUAAUACUUUACCUUAAGAUGUAAUUUUUCAAAAUAAAUCAAUUGAUGUGACAA